CCGUGUAUAUAAAAUCCCUUAUUAGCGUAGUUUCUAUACAAACUGGGAUUUCUUAAAAAAAAUUUCUUUUCGCUGUGAAUUGUUACAAAGUGUGAAAAAAAGUCCCUUUAUACCCGAAAAAGAGCUCAGGCUUGCUGAUACAAAAGCGAAUUCUUUUGAAACUCUCGUACGCAAGCUUGCCCUUCGCUUUCCGAGACGCAGAUUUUUCCGUCGGCGUGGAACGCAAGUUCGGCGGCUGUUGGAAUAUCAUCCCCCUGAAAAGUCCUCGAACAACUUGGCGGCGCGCGAGGGGGUUCCGCUUGGCGGCGGCGCUUGGCGGCGCGCGGCGCUGCGCGGCCGGCGUGCCGUUGUACCCGCGCGGUGAUUGGCCGCCGCGUCGGCCAUCCUGCGCUGGCGCAGCGAUACAGUGCGCGGACGGCAGGUGCGCGCGCACCGCGGAACUACUUUCAGCGCGUUAAGCGAACAAUAGGGAUCCCAGAAGUGUUUCGGACGCGGUCGUGUUCGCUUAACCGUCGUGCCGUAUGCCUUUUUUCUCGAUCCGCGCGAGCACGCCGUGCACACGGGGACCCGGUCGCUUGGUGCCGCAUCCCGCUUGGUGACGCGCGUCGCGUACGAUGCGCCCGGUCGAGUGACGGCGGGCGAUAGUACACUAAUAUCGAACAAGUGUGCGUCGCGCCGCUUUGCUCCGCGCCGCGCCGCGCCGCGCCGCGCCGGUCAGUGUCCGUCCGUCCGUUCGUUUCCCCGAGUGUGUGCGCCCGUGCUCCCUUCCGAUGAGUGUGUGUCUACCCGACGUGUGUGAAUAACAACCAAAAAAUCAUAAUAAUAUCUACGGCACCAUGUCGCUGCCACGGCCGAGAUUGGAUUACGCGCUCACGGUCGGGUUGUCGUUCGCGCUGCUGGCGUUCACCUGCGUGCCCGCGGUGUCCGGUUUCGUGUCGUGUUCACCGAGCCCUUGCAAAAACGGAGGACUCUGCGUGUCGUCGCCACGCGAUGAAUCACAUUGCAACUGCACAUCGAAAUACGUGGGAGAAUACUGUCAACAUUUGAACCCAUGCUACACGGGAUCGCGCUGCCAAAACGGCGGUUCAUGCAGGGUACGCGAGGGCAUCGGAGGUGGCACGCCAUCCUUCACAUGUGCAUGUCCCGUCGGUUUUACCGCCAGCCUCUGCGAAAUCCCAAUCGAAAACGCCUGUGACUCCUCGCCCUGUCUCAACAGCGCUACAUGCAAUCUCAAGUCGUUGCACGAGUAUGUGUGCACGUGCAGCAUCGGAUACACAGGUGACCAUUGCGAGCGACAGGAUUACUGCGCCUCGUCGCCCUGUCAAAACGGGGCCGAGUGUCGCUCGUUCGAGGACAGCUACAAGUGCACGUGUGCACCUGGCUUCACGGGACCGAAUUGCGCGGACGACAUCAACGAGUGUGAGAGGAACCCGUGCAGACACGGUAACUGCAAGAAUACUCACGGAUCUUACAAAUGUAUGUGCUCGAGCGGGUACACCGGGCAGAACUGCGAGAGCGACUACAUCCCCUGCGAUCCGUCACCGUGUGAAAACGGAGGCUCGUGCCAUCAGCUCGGCGAACAUGACUACGAGUGCAUCUGCCCCGAAGGAUUCCGGGGCGAUAAUUGCGAGGAGAACAUCGAUGAUUGUCAGGGGAACCUCUGUCAAAACGGUGCCACCUGCAUGGACCGAGUGAACGAGUAUUCCUGUUUGUGUCCACCGGCCUUCACGGGCACGCAAUGCGAGCUGGAUGUGGACGAGUGCUCGGUACGGCCGUCCUUGUGCCACAACGGGGCCACAUGCACGAAUUCGCACGGCAGUUACUCGUGUAUAUGCGUGAAUGGCUGGACCGGGCCCGAUUGCGGCGUCAACAUCGAUGACUGUGCAGGCGCGGCCUGCUUCAACGGCGCAACCUGCAUCGACCGCGUCGGCAGCUUCUAUUGCCAGUGCACAUAUGGAAAGACCGGGCUUCUUUGUCAUCUCGAUGAUGCCUGUACGUCGAAUCCGUGUCAUGAGGGCGCGAUCUGCGACACUAGCCCUAUCAACGGGACCUUCACCUGCUCCUGCGCCACCGGAUAUAGAGGACUGGACUGUUCAGAGGACAUUGAUGAAUGCACACAAGGCUCUCCUUGCGAGCACGACGGUAUCUGCGUGAACACGCCCGGGUCCUUCGCGUGCAACUGUACGCAAGGAUUCACGGGUCCGCGAUGCGAGACGAAUGUGAACGAGUGCGAGUCGCAUCCGUGUCAGAACGACGGUUCCUGCCUGGACGAUCCUGGGACAUUUCGAUGCGUCUGCAUGCCUGGUUUCACUGGAACUCAAUGCGAGAUCGACAUAGACGAGUGCGCGCUGAGGCCGUGCAUGAACGGCGGUACCUGCAGCGAUCUCGUCAACGCCUUCAGGUGCACCUGCGCCGAGGGUUUCACCGGCGCCCACUGCCAGAUCAACAUCGACGACUGCAUCUCGUCGCCGUGCAAGAACGGCGGCACUUGCCAGGACGGUAUCGCGAGGUACACGUGCGAGUGCCCGGCCGGCUUCACCGGCGACUCCUGCGAGACCAACAUCAACGACUGCGCCUCGAAUCCGUGUCGCAGCGGUACCUGCAUCGACGGUGAGAACAGCUUCACCUGCAAUUGUUCCCCCGGCUUCACCGGCAAGCUGUGCCAGACGCAGAUCGACGAGUGCGAGAGCAAUCCGUGUCAAUACGGCGGUAGAUGCGAGGACCGCAUCGACGGUUACCUGUGCGUCUGUCGACCGGGCACGUCCGGCGAGAAUUGCGAGGUGAACGUUAACGAGUGCUACAGUAAUCCUUGCCGAAACGGGGCCAGAUGUAUCGACGGUAUCAACAGGUACUCCUGCGAAUGCGAGCCCGGCUUCACUGGCCAACACUGCGAGACCGACAUAAACGAGUGCGCGAGCAAUCCAUGUGCGAACGGCGGCCGUUGCAUCGACGUGAUAAACGGUUUCAAAUGCGAGUGCCCGCGCGGCUACUACGACGCCAGGUGUCUGAGCGACGUGGACGAGUGCGCGAGCUCGCCCUGCCUGAACAGCGGCACUUGCGAGGACGGGGUGAACCAGUUCAUCUGCCACUGCCUGCCCGGUUACGGUGGCAAGAGGUGCGAGGCCGACAUCGACGAGUGCGGCUCGAACCCCUGCCAGCACGGUGGCACGUGCAACGACCAUCUGAACGGUUACAGCUGCAAGUGUCUGCCCGGUUACGCCGGUACCAAUUGCGAGACCAACAUCGACGACUGCGCCAACAACCCCUGCCAGAACGGCGGGUCCUGCAUCGAUCUCGUUAACGACUACAAAUGCGUCUGCGAGCUGCCCCACACCGGCAGGAAUUGCGAGGACAAGCUGGACCCCUGCUCGCCGAACAAAUGUCUUCACGGGGCGAAAUGCUCGCCAUCGUCGAACUUCCUCGACUUCGCGUGUACGUGCACGGUCGGUUACACGGGCAGGCUGUGCGACGAGGACGUGGACGAGUGCGUGAUGACGUCGCCGUGCAGAAACGGUGCCACUUGCCGGAACACAAACGGCUCUUACCAUUGCGUGUGCGCGAAGGGCUACGAGGGCCGUGAUUGCAUCAUCAAUACCGAUGACUGUGCAUCAUUUCCCUGUCAGAAUGGCGGCACCUGUCUGGACGGCAUCGGUGAUUACACGUGUCUCUGCGUGGACGGUUUCAGUGGCAAGCACUGCGAGGUUGACAUCGACGAAUGCCUGUCGCAGCCCUGCCAGAACGGUGCCGUUUGCAAGGAAUACGUCAAUUCCUACACGUGUCAGUGUCAGCUCGGCUUCUCCGGCAUUAAUUGUCAAACCAACGACGAAGACUGUACCGACAGUAGUUGCAUGAACGGCGGCACGUGUAUCGACGGCAUCAACAACUACACGUGCGUCUGCAAGACCGGCUACACGGGCUCGAAUUGCCAAUAUCGUAUCAACGAGUGCGACAGCUCGCCCUGCCAGAACGGUGCUACCUGUCACGAUCACAUACAGUACUACACAUGCCACUGCCCAUACGGUUACACGGGUAAGCAGUGCGACAAGUAUGUGGACUGGUGCGCCGAGAAUCCGUGCGAGAACCAGGCAACGUGCGUGCAGCACAUGAACAAGUAUCACUGCAACUGCUCGCCCGGGUGGACCGGCAAAGUGUGCGACGUGGAGAUGGUCUCGUGCAAGGACGCCGCCAUACGGAAAGGCGUGCCGGAGAACAGCCUUUGCAACAACGGCACCUGCGAAAAUAUAGGCAACAGUCAUCGUUGCCACUGCCUGGACGGUUACACCGGCUCCUACUGUCAGGAGGAGAUAGACGAGUGCGACUCGGCGCCGUGUCAGAACGGCGCGACCUGCAAGGACCUCAUCGGCUCGUACCAGUGUCUGUGCACCGAGGGCUUCCAGGGGCAGAACUGCGAGCUCAAUAUCGACGACUGCCGGCCGAAUCCCUGCCAGAACGGCGGCACUUGUCACGAUCUGAUCAACAAAUUCACGUGCUCCUGCCCAUCCGGCACUCUCGGCUUCAUAUGCGAGAUCAACAUCGAUGACUGCAUGAUGAGCGCUUGCCACAAUAACGGCACCUGCACCGACAAAGUGGGUGGCUUCGAAUGCAAGUGCCCGCCCGGUUUCGUCGGGCCGAGAUGCGAGGGCGAUAUCAACGAGUGCCUGUCGAAUCCGUGCACCUCGCCCGGUACGCAGGACUGCGUGCAAUUGGUCAACAAUUAUCACUGCAACUGCAAACCCGGAUACAUGGGCCGUCACUGCGAGAUCAAAGUGAAUUUCUGCGACAGCGCUCCGUGUCAGAACGGUGGCUUUUGCACAGCCAAGCACGACCGACACGUUUGCUUGUGUCCUGGCAAUUUUCAUGGCACCAAUUGCGAAUUCAUAGGUUCCUAUUGCCACUCCGAACCGUGUCAGAACGGCGGGACGUGCCGCGUCAUCGGGAAUAGCUAUCAGUGUUACUGCUUGCCAGGUACGACCGGCACGCAUUGCGAGUUCGACGCUUGGAACGACUGCGAGAGGCAUCCGUGUCAGCAAGGCGCCCCUUGCAUAAACAAGAUCAAUGACUACGCCUGCGACUGUCCUGCCACGUGGUCCGGCAAGAAUUGCGACAUCUACGACGCGGGUUUUCCUGGCGGAAUAUUCGGCACAGAUAACAAGACCCUCAUCGACCUUUAUUUGGAGCGCGAGCGUCAGAACUGUAUCGAGAAUAACUGUGCGGCCAAGUCUCGCAAUGACCGCUGCGACGAGGAGUGCAAUCGACCCGCGUGCAACUUCGACGGCAAGGAUUGCUCGUUGGGCAUCAAUCCGUGGCGCAACUGUACCGCGUCCAUAGAUUGCUGGAAGGUAUUCAUGAACGGCAAGUGCGACGAAGAGUGCAACAAUCAGCAGUGCCUCUUCGACGGCAGAGACUGUGAUCGGAAACUCCCGCCUUGCAACCCAAUCUACGAUGCAUACUGCAGAAAGCAUUACGCUAACGGCCAUUGCGAUUACGGCUGCAACAACGAGGAGUGUAGCUGGGACGGUAUGGAUUGCGAGAAGGAGCCGCCGUCAUUAGCGGAAGGUGUCAUAUCCAUAACCGUGAGACUGGACAUGGAAACGUUCCGUUCGAACCUCGCAGGCUUUUUACGCGACAUGGGCUAUCAUUUAAGAACGACGCUUCGCAUUAAACAGGAUGAACUCGGUAACGAAAUGAUAUUUCCUUGGAAGCCCGAUCACAAGAAGUAUCCUAACUUCUUCAACCGGCCGAUUCCCACUCAUAAGAAAGGCGUGGUCGCUUAUCUGGAGAUCGACAAUCGCAAAUGCACGAGCACGGUAUGUUUUUCAUCGGCGAACGAGGCCGCCGAGUACCUGGCCGCCACGGCGUUAAAGCACACACUGUCGCGGAACUUCCCCAUCGAACAAGUGCGAAGUGUCAUAGGUCCUCAGCACACGGACUCUUCCGAGCCGCCGAAUUAUAAGUACGUUUUCAUCGGCGUGGUCAUCGUGGUGCUCGGCGGGCUGCUAGUGGGAGUCCUGGUGACCGCACAGCGGAAGCGUGCCGUCGGGGUCACCUGGUUCCCCGAGGGCUUCUUAAGAACCAGCAGCGGCAGUGGCCAACGACGCCGGUCACGCCGGCGCGGUCCGGACGGCCAGGAGAUGCGUAACUUGAACAAGCAGCCGUCGGUGAAUUGCAUGAGCAUGGACGUCGUGAACGCCCGAAUACAGUCCCAGUGGUCUGACGACGAGUCCGAUCUGCCGCCGUCGAAGCGGAUGCGUGCCAUCGAGCCGGGUUACGCGAGCGAUCAUACCGUCAUCACGGACUACGAGGAGACCGAGCCGCGUAUGUGGACGCAGCAACAUCUGGACGCGGCCGAGAUACGACGGCCGGACGCGGGUGGUGUGCUGACGCCGCCCAGCCUCGAGCACGGCCAGGACGUGGACGCGCGUGGUCCAUGCGGCAUGACGCCGUUGAUGGUGGCGGCGGUGCGUGGCGGCGGACUCGACACCGGCGAAGAAGAGGACGAGAGUGACGGCACCGCCGCGGUGAUCGCUGAUCUGGUCGCCCAAGGAGCGGAUCUGAACGCCACCACGGACAAGAGUGGCGAGACGUCGCUGCAUCUGGCCGCGCGUUACGCCCGGGCUGAUGCAGCCAAGAGGCUGUUGGACGCGGGCGCCGAUGCUAAUUCGCAGGACAACACCGGCCGCACGCCGCUGCAUUCUGCUGUCGCGGCUGAUGCUAUGGGAGUGUUCCAGAUUUUGCUUCGCAAUCGGGCGACAAAUUUGAACGCACGAAUGCACGACGGCACCACGCCGCUAAUACUAGCGGCGCGUUUGGCCACCGAGGGAAUGGUGGAGGACCUCAUUAACGCUGAUGCCGACAUCAAUGCCGCCGACAACAGUGGCAAGACCGCGCUGCACUGGGCCGCGGCGGUCAACAACGUUGAUGCUGUGAACAUUUUGUUGGUGCACGGUGCCAACAGAGACGCUCAAGAUGAUAAGGACGAAACCCCGUUGUUUUUGGCCGCCCGCGAGGGCAGCUUCGAAGCGUGCAAAGCAUUGUUGGAUACGUUUGCCAAUAGGGAGAUUACCGAUCACAUGGAUCGGUUACCUCGCGACGUUGCGAGCGAGAGACUGCAUCAUGACAUUGUCAGACUACUUGACGAGCAUAUGCCGAGGUCGCCGCAGAUGGUUACAGUCAUUCCGAAUGGUCCUCUCAUGGGAUCUUCAAAUCAUCCACAAUUAAUCACGCACCCUACGGUAAUCGGUUCAGCGCCGAAGCAAACCAAGUCAAAGAAACGGCCAAAGGCAGGUGCGGGAAACCCAAACAGUCCGGAGUCAGAGGGCAGCGGCGCGGUCGUGAUGGUAAGGCGAAAGCCGUCAGUGAAGAAGCAGCCGGCUAAACCGCGCGGCGCUCAGCCCCCAAACCAGGAGAUCCCGCAGGGCGCGGAAGGCGCCGACGGCAAUCUGCCCACUAGCCCGUACGAUAGCGCGAGCCUUUAUAGUAAUGCAUUACCCCUGGUCGCCCACACCGCGACGGCGAAACAGCCGCCACCGUACGAGGAUUGCAUCAAGAGUCAAUCGAUGCAAGGUCUGCAACAACUUGGCCUAGAUACCUUUACGAGCAACUACGGGCUGCCAUUUCACGACCAGCUCUUAGCGCCGCAUCAGCGGCAGCAGCAAGGCAUGGUAAACACAUUGUCGCCGCCGUACAGCAAUCAGUCGCCGCCACACUCGGUGCAGUCCAACAUGACCCUUUCUCCGCAAGCGAGCUACAUGGGCUCGCCGUCGCCGGCGAAGAACAGGCCGUCGCUGCCUACAUCGCCAACUCAUAUCGCUGCCAUGCGACAGGCGACGCAUCAGAAACACGGCAGCAUGCCGCCAGUGGGAUUUGACUUCGACAAUUUACCGUAUUCUUCGAGCCAGCAACAACAACAACAGCAGCAGCAGCAGCAGCAAAUGCAGCAAACGCAGCAGCAGAUCCAGCAGCAGCAACAGCAGCAGCAGCAACAACAACAGCAGCAGCAGCAGCAGCAACCGCAGCCACAGCAGAGCACGCAGCAGCAACAACAGCAGCAGCAGCAACAACAACAGACGCAGCAAUACUACCAGUACUUGACGCCGCCGUCCCAUCAUUCCGGACCGGACGUUACACCACAGCAUCUCAUGCAAGCGCCCGAGAGUUUCCCAACGCCAUCGCCAGAUAGCCCUGGCCACUGGUCCUCGAGCUCGCCGCGUUCGAAUAGCGACUGGUCCGACUGCAUGGCCUCGCCUACGAACGCUUACGGUGCCAGCGGAGGUGCUCACCAAAGCAACAAGGGCUCUGAGGCGAUCUACAUAUAAGGCCGAUAGCAAUGGUACUUUCUUCCUAGCGCAAAAUAAACCAUGAAAAGAAAAGAAAGUAGAAAGUUAUACAUGAACUGUGAUUAGCUCGGUCAAUUCGAGCGUCUAGAUGUUGAAAGGGACGAAAAAAAUGCAACGCUGACAACGAAGAGCUCUUCCGUAAUAAAUCAGUGGCAAGAAGGUAUUUUUAUUUUUUGUUUUGUUCAUUUGUGUGUGUAUGUGUGUGUAUCGGAAGAGCUAUUUACGGUAAAACACAUUCUCACCGCGAUUAUUGUACAUUAAUAGGUAUCAGUGUUGGGAAUAAAUUAUUCGUGGAGAUAGAAGCAGUUACAUAUUUGUUAAUUCUUAUGUAUCAUUCAUUUAAAUGUAAAUUCACCUUUUAAUUAUUAUGUUUAUUAUAUAAUUAGGCUGCCAAAUUUUUAUCUAACACUGAUGCGUAUAUAGACAAACGAAUAUGUAAAUUACGUGUAAGCGGGAGGUUUUCAAUCAGAGAUAUUAUAAAGCUGACGCUAGGAUGUUCGUAGUUCAAGAUUCGCAGUUCGCUGUUCGUAUGAAAUUGGUGGAUAGUAUGAAUGAGCGGAUUUGACGAACUUAUCAUUUGCUAUAUGUGCCGACUCAACAGUAAAAUGAUUAAAAAUUAUAAUUAAGAGACGUUAAAUCGUCACGAAUUCGUAUUGGUUCGUGUGUACAUUAUAUAAACAAUGGAUUCGUUAUAUCGUACAUAAUAAUAAGGAAACUUGAUUUUUCGAUAGCCAACACAUUUCUAUGAAUCUACUACGAAUCGUGAAUGGCGAGGGACGAAUCACGAGUUGCGCAUAAUCCGGCACUAGCAUUAAGUCUGAUCUACAAUGUGCUCUUUGCGUCUAGAAACAGUCUGUUUUAUAUUUUAUAGCCUGUUUUAUAGCCAACAAAUACGUUUAGAAAAUCUGUGCAAAUUGAUAAAUUGUACAGUAUGGCUGCUUUCCUUUUAGAGAACACAGUCGAUAUUAUUAACACAAAUCGACACGUGUCGCUUUCCAUUUAGAAUUUAAUUCAAACUAAAUCGAUACUUUUCGACUCUGCUUGGAAAAAGGGUCAGAGUGUGUUUUUAACCGAAGAACUCAUCUGCCCCGAGUAUUUCAAUAGAAUAUUUUUUCGACAAAACCUUUUCUUAAAAUCUUGUUCGGGCUUAUACAAAAUAGAAUGUCUCUAAUCGCAAAAAAAAACAUUGUAAAUUAGACUUUAGACGUACUCAAAUAACAAACCGAUUGUGCCUCUCUGAUACGACGUAAUAUUUAGGAAAGUUGCGACAGGGGAAUCGCACAAUUUAUAAAAAGUAGUUGAUAAUGGCCUUCCAGACGAAUGUUUAUAGCGGAAUUAUAUAACGAAUUGCGCAAAGAGAAAUUGACUAAUUAUGUAUUUAUAUAUGUAUUUGUAGUAUAUUUUUGAUACUCUAUCGAGUUUUAUUGUCACGGCGUCAUACACGGCUCAAUGAAUAAACGGUGCCUUCGACUUGCCAAUGUGAAGACCUCUGAUGGACAAUAAUAAGUAAGGAAACGAGACCUUACUACUCUAUAACAAUUGUACAUAUCGCAAUAGAUGUAUCAUUCGCGCUGCUGUGUCUGUUAUUCCACGGAGACAACUACAUGUAGCAUAUAUAACGUGCAGUACUUUAUUUAAUUUAAUCACAUGUGGACUUCCCCCUCAGUUUUCUCUCCCCUCAUUACAUUUUUUGGGUUGACCGUUUCUUUCGAACGCCUAACGGUGCGACAACUACUAAUCUAUUCUCGCUAAACACAGACGUAAUACGAACGAGAAAUGAGUCAUGAAUUGUGCCUUCGAAUUCCGUAGAGUAUAGGACACGCAGAUUCUGUAGCUGGACCUAUUAUUAAAUUAUAUUGGAAGAAACGCAGCGUUUCCAAAUGGCUCUAAACGUUUAUCACUAGUUAAUAUAAUUGAGAUGCCAGCUUAUACUGGCAGCAUGUAAUGUAAUGUAAUUAAUUGUAAUUUAAUGUAACGUAACUUAACAUAAGGCGAAGAGACAACGUUUAUAAUCUGUACGGUUGACGGGAGCUUCAGAGAACUUGUCCUUUACAGCUCGCGGAGCAUCGUUCCAUACAUAGACAUUCCAUUGCGUAUGGCGCGCCAACAAUUUCUUUUCCUUCCUCUCGUUCCCUUCUCCUCUCCCAACCUUUUCUCGACUCGCGCUAUUAAGCUCUUCGGAAAAUCAUCCACUAAACAAGCUAGCGUAAUCGUUAAUGUUAAUCUCUAGGUGUAUCGAUCGCCUUAAAUUAAGUACUCGGCGCGGAGCGGUGGGACGGUUCUCUGAUCUCUUUUCUGCCAAAGCCAAAACAGCAUUUUUAAUGUAAUCAUACGUUUAGGGUGCGUGCGAACGUAAUGAAUAAUCACGACGCAUUAUUAUAAAGAUUGUUGCAAGAUAGAAAUAAAGAUAGGUAGAUAAAGAGAAGAAAUGUGCGUGCGUUCUUGAAUGUAUAUCUGUGUGUGCGCGUAUGUGUCAGUGUGCAUGUGUGCGAGACGAGAAUUAACUAUUGUUGCGGGCUGAAGAAAGUUCGUGCGCGCGCUUUUGCAAUAUAUUGCCAGUGAUACACGUUUUCGUAUGUUACACGAAGAAUAUUGCUGGUAUCAUCGAUACGAUCUAUUUUGUGAAAUCGUCGAGAAUGGUUCUGUUUUAAUCUUAUAUUGAAAGAUGAAAUGUAAAUGUAAAUACUCCUUCAUCUUUUCUAUCAGCUCAUCUCUUACUGUUUAAGUACUUUUAUAUAAUUGUCUUUUCUCUCCUGAAUUUUUGUACAAACUGUUUUUACAUAUUUUUUUUAUAUACUACGUGUAAGUUUAGCCGUAUUGCUGUACUUCCGUAAGACGUACUGCAUAAAAUAAUCAUGUCUCCUUCAUCAUAUUAUUAUAUCACAUAUAACGUAUUUUAUAUCGUAUGCAGUUUGCUGUUGCGUCAAGGAUCGUCGUGUGAAUACAGUCCUUGAUGCAAUUCUGGAUUACAUACAACGGUGUAACGGAGCUUUUCUCCAGUCGUUGAGCAUAUUAUGGGUCCAACGCAAUUUCAACGCUUGCUUUAUGAACGAUACACCUUUCAGAGAGAGAAUAUUUUUCUACUUGUUCGUGUUUUCAUAAUAAAAUUAUACAUCUCUAGGAAGAACUGCCCCGCAUAUCAUCGAAAUUAUGUGGAUUCUAUCAACAAUAAAAAUGAGAGUAUAGACAAAAAGAAUAUUUUCUGUAUAGAGAAAUAAGUAUUUUAAGAAGACUAUACAAAACUAUAUACACGUAUGAACGUUAUACACACGCAUACAUAUAUACAUAUAUAUGAAUAUAUGUAUGUAUGUACAUACACGCAUACAUUCAUAUAUAUACUCAUACGUAUUCUCCUACAAUACCGUGUCACAAGUGAAAUGAUCAAUCGCACAAAAGUGCAACUAAGAGUACAAUUUUAAAAGAAUAACGAAAUCCAGAUAGUAUUGAAUAAAGAUCUGCAAUUGAUUCGUUUGUUAAAAGAAAGUUAGCAAUAUGUAGAUAUUAUGCGCGAUGUAAAUUGUUGAGCAAGCACAAAAUUAUUUUACCGUGUGUUUAAAAUUUAACAGCAACUGCUCUCUGAUGCACCAUCAUUCUGUGUUAAAAGAAACGAUAUAACUCUAAGCAUUAUAUUAUAAUAAUUUACAAUUAUUUACAAUAGGAUAGACGACAGACCGAUUAUUACGCUAGAUUUUGUUAUUCCUUGUAACUUGUAAAAAGUACUGAGUUUUAUUAAUAUUAACUAAGCGAACUAAGGAUUUGUUCGGUCCUAUUAUAUUUUAUCCCGCUGCCCGCUCUCCCAUAUUUUUAUAAAUAAGUUAUGUCUUUUAAACACAAA